AUGAAUACAGUAAAGAUAAAUUGCGACGCUUCUUCGAUUUCAGAGCAUACUAAUGCUGGUUUUGGUCUUGUUUUUCGAACCUCUUCAGGCACCUUUCGAGCAACAAAGUGCGGAUGGUGCAGGACCUUCUCAGCCCAAGAGGCAGAAGUUGUAGCGCUCUUAAGGGCAGUUCAAUGGGCCAUCAGACACAAUGUUCAAAAUUUGGUGAUAGAAGGGGAUAACCUGACAACCAUUAAGUUUUUACAAGGAAAGACAAAAGAUGUGAAUUGGAAAUGCUUAGCAGUCUUGAAUGAAGUUCAACAACUAGCAGAUAAAUUAGUUUCUUUUCAAGGUUUUCAGUUUGUAGAUAGACGCACAAACAAGGUGGCAGACUUGUUGGCAAAAGAAGGGCGACGAUCAAGUAGCACAAUUUUUUGGACUGAUCAAGCUCCUAGAUUUUUAAUUCCUGCAAUUGCGUUCGACACAGUCAAAGCAUAUGAAUUAUGUAACUCAAAUGACAGUACCUUUGUAUCUUGUUCAUCCAGGAUUAAUCCAACAAAUUCAGUCAUUGGACGAGCAACUCACCAUGGGUUAGUCUCUGAAGAGCCUGAAUUAGCUGAUUAA